CUCUGUCUCGUCCCAGCAUUCCGACUGGCAGCCAGUUACAGCAUUGUGUUGUCUUGGCGACUAACAGACAGACAGACAGACAGACAGACAGUGAGUGAGCGAGCACUUGAGGGAUGACAGCAAUGUCAACAUCAUCCCCAAAUGUGCCUCGACUCUUCUUUUGCUCUCAUUGGACAGCACAAAAGCAUUGUGUUCCUCCGCUUCUGGAUCUACAUGCUUUUUUAAUUUUUCUUUUUACUUUUCCAAAAGAAAGCAUCGCGUGAGUCGCGUGUCAGAUAAUUUUGGUUUCAAAUACAGAACGAAACGUUGAUGAUGAGGCAUUACAUGAGACUCAACGCUUUUAUGACACAAUUCUGGACUCGCAAGCCUCAUCAUGUUUGUACGCUUUGAUAUGCAUCCAAUCUUCGCCAGCCGGGAACGUUUUCAACGCUUUGACGGAUUUUGACUCACAUCCUCCCAACACAAACACACACACGGACAAAUUCAUUUGACAUGUCAGAGAAUCCUCAAUGCAACAUGUGCGUUACGAACAAAUACAAAAAUCCAAUUUGGGUCACGUUGCAUUCAAAUCUCCUUUGAGGGUCACUUGAGUGGAAUGUUUGAAAGUUAUUUUCAAAGGUUAUGCCCAAAUUAAAGUGGAACCACUGUGGAUUUGAUUGAAAAACUCCAAAUAUGAUUGUUUACUCACAACAAAAAAUGUCUAGAUAUGCUAGCGACGUAUGGUGACAGGCCAAACAAUUAAAUGCCCUGCCACUAGAUGGCAGAUGGGACGAUGAACCUGUGUAUCCAUCCACCUGCUGCCAUUUGCCCAACAAAAUAGUAACUUUUGAUUUAUCGAAAGAGGCCGUCAGUUGUGACAAUAUCAUCUUUUUUUUUUCAGUACGUAUACAUUUUGUGAAUUCUUUGAUUUGGCUGUGUGCGGUGGGAUUUUUGUAUUUCAAGAGAUGUGCCUUGGCCCGAUAAAGGUGGACCAAGGCACUGGUAUGGAAGGCUAACUAUGUGACACUUUGAGUUGCCAUUAUGAAAAAUGUAGGUCACGUAAAAAGCAACAGCAAAAAUCCGUAAGAGGAAAAUGCAAAAAGCAAGUGUUGCACAUGUUAGACGACAUCAUCUUUCAAAGUCGUAAAGACAACACACUGAGUUUGCACCAUGAUGGGGAGGAUGAACCCCUCCGAGCCGCACACUUCCCCUCAACCCCUUCCCUGUCCCUCGCCCCCGUCGUGCGCUUCAGAGGACAAAGAGGUCCCCGAAAACACAGAGACGGCCGUAUUGACCGCUGAACGCAUUGAGCCCGUUGUCAUGGAGACAGAAGGGCAUCAAGGAGGACCGGUAACAAGUGGUUCCCCCACCAAGUCGCCAACAAUUGCAUCCCCGCCGCCACUGCUCCCGGUAAAGACCAACCGGGGUCCCCUCUCACCUCGACCUUCUUCAAGUACAUCCUCAUCAUCGUCACUUCCUUCGCACAUCCCUGUAAUCAGCCUGACCCAUACCAAGCCCCCUCUCACCAUCCCCAACCCACCGCUGACAGCCCUGCACCCCAUUCCCAAUAAAACUCCUCACUUGGAGCUGCGUCGGACUCAGCUGGCCUGUCUGCCCGGCAUUGGUUUGGGAGCCUUGCCGGGGUCCGGUGGUGGAGGUGGUCCAUCCAUGCUGCCUCAGACGUACCUGCAUUCUGCUCAUCCAUUCUACUCCAGUUCUUUCUUGGGCACCUCUGGCGGAAGCUACAGUGUCAUUUCCAACGGCCGAGUUAAGAGAAGACCUUCCUCGCACUUUGAGAUGGAGAUUAAUGAUUCCGGUCCUCCUCAAAAAAUCGCCCGCCGCGUUUUCACCAACAGCCGCGAGCGCUGGCGGCAGCAGAACGUGAACGGCGCCUUCUCAGAACUGCGGAAGCUCAUCCCUACGCAUCCGCCUGACAAGAAGCUGAGCAAGAAUGAGAUCCUGCGUCUGGCGGUCAAGUACAUCAACUUCCUGGUCACCCUGCUGGACGACCAAGCACAGGACGAGAGAAGGGACCCUGAGGAGGACGAGGAUGAGCCACGGAAGAUGUCCGGCCUGGACAACAAACUAGAGCCACUUUAUCAGUGUGACACGCCUCCUCCAUCCCAAGGCGCCUCCCCGCCUUCAACCAGUCCCGCGGUAACGAGAACCUGCCGCCGUAAUCGAGACUCCACCGAUUCGGCCAUUCGGCUGGCGGGCUCGGCCACCAGCUCCUGUAGCGACAGCGACGUGAACAGCGAGGACAGCUUUGGGACAAAAACCUCUGUGGUGACACGUGGCACUCUGGCCAAGGUCAAAGGUCAAAUAAGAAUGGUGGCAGCUACAAAUGAAGAGCGGUGAGAACAAAAGGAAGCGAGCCACCGCUUGUUCUGCUACCGCGCUCCCAUAUUAGAAAUGAAAGUCAUGUUGUGUAUCUUUUAGUAAAGUGCAAACUUUUUACGGUUUGCACAAUUCAUUUUUGUUGCAAUGCGUUACAUUUGAUCCGAAGAAAGAAAGAUUGUUUUGAAACACACUAAGGGCAGUUUAGAGCUCGUGUUGCUGGCUCGGUUCACACAAUAAUGUUCUAUUUUUUUUUCAGAUUAUGUGCUGAUGAUAACAGAUUAAUAACAUGAGUUAUAAAUAGCAGGUUAAAAAAAGUGCCGUGACAACCUAAAGCCGGAUGUUGCCAUUUGCUGACAUUAUAUUGUGACAAUGGCAGUCAUGGGAAAAAUACCUUCAUCAUAAUCCCGUCAUGUUUUUCAGGGGUACUUUUUUGUGUGCGCGUGUGUGUGGGUCAUUGUGUUGUUUGACAACCAGCAAGGAUUUAUGUAACCACAGCAACUGUAAAUGUGUGGUAAUGUGUCAAGAUGUAGGAUGUGGUUCAAGAUGGGAUUUAAUGUCUUGGGCAGGGCUGUUCAUUAGCUUCCUUGUGGGGGUGGCUUGAUACAUAUCGGAUAUGUUUAGGCGUUAAUGUGGCAACUGCAUGGAAGCUGCGAGGGGUGGACAGAAAACGGUCCCAAGCUCUUUCUGGGAAGCCUUAUGCACCCAUGUUCUGGACCACAGAACAGGAAGUUUGCACAACCCCGAAACCACAUUGACUGGGGUGGGUUCACCAAACUAAAGGAGACCAAAAAAAAAAAAAAAUUCAUGUAGAGGAAAAAAAAUUACCCAUCAAAACAGGAGUGGGAUACUAAA